UUUCCAAUUUCUCAUUUCUUCUCCUCUCUUGUAUCUCAUAAGUUUAUCGCUAAUUUUUUGUUUAUUUUUUGUCAUGAAAAUAUAUUAGCUUCUGAUUGUAUUUUUUGAAAAUAUGAAUUCAUAAACCUUCUGUAUAUUAUUUCCAUUGGACAUUAAUGGACAGAUUACAAUUAGGAGAAUAUUUUAGAGAUACUUUGGUUGAUUGGUUUAUGGGUAAAGGUCGACGCAAAGAGAAAGAUGCUACUUCUUUGCCAUCACAAGAAUCUAAGAGAUAUCUUCAACCUGAGCUUCUCGAAUGCUGCACACCAGAGUAUAGACUGCGAGAUAUUGUACAAUUACCUGAUGGUAUAAAUUAUAAUGAAUGGUUGGCCUCACAUUGUUUAGCAUUCUUUGACCAUAUAAAUCUCAUUUAUGGAACGAUUUCAGAGUUUUGUAAUACUUCAGGAUGUCCUGAUAUGAUAGGACCCAACAAUAGAUUGUACUUAUGGGUUGAUGAGAAAGGUAAACGCUGUAAAUUACCUGCUCCACAGUAUAUUGAUUAUGUUAUGACCUAUACACAACGGACGGUUAAUGAUGAAUCAAUAUUUCCAACUAAAUUCGAUAAAGAAUUCCCGAGUUCCUUUGAGUCAAUUGUAAAGAAAAUUAUGCUUCUUCUUUUUCGUGUAUUGGCUCACAUCUACCAUUCACAUUUCAAAGAAAUUGAACUUUUGAACCUCCAUCCUCAGACAAAUUGCAUAUUCUCUCAUUUCAUGCUUUUCAAUGAUCAAUUUAUGAUGAUCGAUGAAAAGGAAACCGAAGCUUUGGCUGACCUGGCUGUUGCAUUGAAGCUCUUUCCACCAAAGCCUAAUGAUAACCCCAAGCCUGACGAUCCUAACCAAAAUCCAACCAUUUCCCCGAGUCCGAAAACAAGUGAUGAUUGUAGCUGUAGCAGUAGGAUGCCUUCAACACCCAUUGAGUCCGGAAUUUUGGGUGAUGAUUCAACUUUAAUCGAUGAUCAACAGUCAUCUCACGAUGAAAACAUUUCUACCCAAUGUCGAAGUAUUAGUCCUUUUAUAAAUAAUAGCAAUAGCUUUAUUGAAAAUAUGGCUGUUGAUGAUGACCCACCUGAAAACUGUCCUAUGGAUGCAAAAUUCUUAAUCACCAUAUAAUUGCCUCAAAGAAAAAAAAAGAAAACACAAAAAACUGAAUGUUACGGUGUAAAAGAUUGAAACAAAAAAUAACUGAAACAAAAGAAGUCAUAUAUGUAAAUACUUUCUAUGUUUAAAUCUAAUUGUUAAUUUUAGAAAAUUAUCAUCUUCAUUCAUCAUAUCCUUUCAUCAUCUUAAAUCAUCAUCUAAUUGUUUCUGUUUAUAAUUAGCAUGUUGAUGAAAAUGACCAUUUUUUAGUAACUUACGAUAAAACACACACAAACGCAAAGCAAAACAUGGUCAAAACAUGAUAAACAGUUACAUUUAAAUAUUAACAGACACCAAGACUAAAGUCGUUUAUCAUUUUGUUAACAAUCAACUUGAUCAUGUUCACUUCUCUUGAUUCGGUUACUUAUUUUCUCGGGAGAGUAUAUUAAAACAAAUGUUAUUUGUUUAGUAUUUAA